UAUUAGACUUACAAUUUGAAUCAUGAAUUUACCUAUUGACUCUAAUUAGAAAUGUGGGCAAGAGAGAAACACAAGAACAUGAUUCAUUAUCCAGUUGCGUGUAACUGUGUGGACUUACUCCCACCACCCAUCCCUCCACACAUGCAAAUCCUUUCUUUCUCCAACACCACUUUCCUUCUUCUCACAACCCCCUUUCCAUGGCUGCCACCAACCCUUUAGCACUUUCCUGCACCUCCCAAACACACACUCCUCACCAUUUCCUUCUCCCUCGUAAGCCGUUUCUUCUCCUUUCCACCCGUCACUCCAACCACCAUGCACGCCCAAAGUCUCUUCGACUCACCACCACCACCACCACCACCUGUAAAGCCACACAAGUGUCCGUCACUGAAGAGUCAUCUCCAUCCGGAAACUGGGUUCCGGUAGUGCCAGUCUCAGCGCUGCCCAGAGGAGAGCGGCGCGUGAUUAUUCAAGAAGGGGAAACUAUAUUGCUUCUUUGGUAUAAAGAUCAAAUAUUCGCCAUUGAAAAUAGGUCACCUGCUGAAGGUGCAUACUCAGAAGGAUUGAAAAAUGCUAAACUCACUCAGGAUGGUUGUGUAGUUUGUCCAACAACGGAUAGCACAUUUGAUCUAAGAACAGGAGAGAUCAAAGAAUGGUAUCCAAACAAUCCUGUUUUGAGAGUUCUAACACCGGCAUUGAGGAAUCUCUUUGUAUAUCCCGUCAAAACCGAUGAAAAGAACAUUUAUAUCAGCAUCACAGGAGGUUUCAAAUCUGAUGCUGCUACUGAAAUUGUCUUUAGUGGGAAGGCGCAACCCGGUAUAACAGCAUCGGAUGUCAACGUCGAUGAGGUUAAAAUGGUGGUUGAUGAGAGUCAACUGGGAUUCGGCUUCAGUAGAAAGAACGAAAUAAUAAACGGCAAAGCAGCCGUUAUUGGAUUCCUUCUGUUGUUGGAUUUUGAACUUUUAACAGGUAAGGGACUCUUAAAAGGAACAGGUUUCUUGGAUUUCAUAUACUCCGCAUCUAAUGCUCUCAAUUAGACGUCAGCCGUGUUCGUCUCUGAAGUCUCUGAAUCGCAGUAGCAUUCUUUCCAAUGGUGGUGAACUAAUAAGUGUUUCGCAUCUCUGAAUCGCGUUUAUUGGUGAGAGUGCUGCAGAUUUUAUUCUGUGAAAUCACAGUAUGUUGUAUCAGUAAUCACAUUUACUUUUUGUAUGCUUUGUAUGUAUCUAGUAGUGUAAGGUCACUGUGAGUUUAGUUUGUGGCUAAUGUACAAUCUUUAAUGUAUCUUUUCUGCAUGUUGUUUCAGUACUAUACCCAAUUUUUAUA